UUGCAGUGUAAAACCAACUUGUAGCGACUAAGGUUUGGAGACAUGGCAACGAUGAGUGCAGUGUUUGUCCUGUUGGUUUUCUGGCUGGAUCUUCUGGCCCUGAACUCCUGCCACCCUGUGCGGAAGAAGGAUGCCUGCGAGGUCGAAGGUCAGAAAGCAGACUGCAGCCACAUGAGCCUCAGAGAGGUCCCCUCAAACCUCCCCGCCAACAUCACCAGCCUGGACGUGUCCCACAACACGCUGAGGGCCCUGGACGCGCUAAUUCUUGCGCGUUACCCGCGGCUGGUCCGCAUUGAUGCGGGAUACAACAGCAUCCCGCGUCUGCAGGAGAACAUGUGCCGCGUGCUUCCUGCUCUGCGCACCCUGAGCCUGCCGCACAACGUCGUGCACUUUCUCACCGAGAAGGACCUGCUGCACUGCUCCAACCUGACCUGGCUUGACCUGUCCAAGAACCGCCUCAAACUACGCGGGGAUCCUUUCCUGCCACUGCAGCGGCUAGCGGUUCUGAACGUGUCGGCUAACAGACUCACCUCGGCCCGGCUCGGGACCCAGCCGCAGCUGUGGAGCCUGGAGACUCUCUCGCUGUCGGGGAACGAGAUAUCCGUCCUCCAGAGCAACGACUUCCAUUACCUCAGCAACUCCUCCCUCAGGACGCUGGAGCUCUCCUUUUUACCCAUCAAAACGUUUGAGCCAGGCUGCUUCAAGCCUAUCGGGGAACUAUGUGACCUGGUGAUGGAUGGCACCAAGCUCUCCCUUAAUCUCACCCCUAAACUCAGCCAGGAGCUGUCGAUGACGGGGAUCCGUAACCUCUGGCUCCGGAACACUCAGCUGACCUCUCUCACAAACGCCACCUUCAGCGGCCUCCAGACCACCAACCUCACCUUCCUGGAUCUUUCUAGAAACAGCAUGGCGGCCGCGCACGACAGUCCCUUCCGAUGGCUGCGCACUUUGGAGACCCUGAUCCUGGAGAGGAACAACUUUAAGCACCUCACCAGGAGCACGUUCCUUGGGCUGGAGAAGCUGAAGCUGUUGAACCUCAGGACCGCGCUGGUGAAGAGCAAAACGUCCGCCUACCCCGUGAUCGACGACUUCUCCUUCGAGCCGUUAGUCAGCCUGGAGACCCUGCUGAUGGACAACGUGACCUUUCAGGAGGUGGCGCCGCACCUGUUCUCCGGCCUCCGGAGCCUGCGGCGCCUCAGCCUGGGCUGGAGCCGCGUAAACCUGAAGAUGGUGAGCAAUGCCACGUUCGCCUCCCUGGCCGGCUCGCCCCUCCGAGCGCUCAACCUGACCAGCAUGUCCAUCGCCCGCCUUGGCGCUGGUGCCUUCUUCUGGCUGGGGAACCUCACCGUGCUGGUGCUCGACCGCAACUUCAUCGACCAGACCCUGACGGGGGAGGAGUUCAAAGGGCUGGCCAGCGUCGAGGAAAUCUUCAUGUCUGGCAACAAGGUGAUAAACCUCACACCCUGGUCCUUCCGCCACGUGCCCAACUUGAGGACCCUGACGCUGGGACGGUGCCUGGUGAGAAACCUGGACCUGGACCCCUCCCCGUUCCAGCCUCUCCGUAACCUCUCCACCCUGGACCUCAGCAACAACAACGUUGCCAACAUCAGCGCAGGGCUGCUGCAGGGCCUGGAGAACCUCAGGGUCCUCAGGCUUCAGCACAACAACCUGGGAGGGGCGUGGAAGAGGGCCCACCCGGGCGGGCCCAUCCUCUUCCUCAGGGGCCUGCGCAGCCUGGAGACGCUCAGCCUGGAUUACAACGGGAUAGACGAGAUUCCCGCGGAGGGGCUGCGGGGCCUGUUCCGGCUGCAGGAGCUGAGCCUGUCCGGGAACUACCUGGACUACCUGCGCGACUCCAUCUUCGACGACCUGGGCUCCCUGCGUACGCUGAGGCUGCAGAAGAACUUCAUCACGUCGGUGCGGAGGGAGGUGUUCGGCCCGGCCUUCCAGAACCUCGCCACGCUGCGCAUGGAACGGAACCCCUUCGACUGCACUUGUGAGAGCAUCCUCUGGUUUGUGGACUGGCUGGCCACCACCAACGCCAGUGUGCCCUUCCUGGACUCGGAGUACAUCUGUAACACCCCGCCGGGCAAGUUCAACACCUCCAUCAGCAGCCUGGACUCACCGUCCUGCAAGGACCUGAUCUGGUUCUUCAUCCUGUACGUCGUCACCCACUUCGUGGUGCUGACCUUCACGGCAGUCACCCUCGUAUUCCGUUUCCAGGGAUGGAGGAUUCUGUUCUACUGGAACGUCCUGGUGAGCCGUGUCCUUGGAGUCAAAGAGCUGGAUCCGGGGGAGGUCAGGUUUGAAUACGAUGCCUAUUUACUUUAUGCGGAAAAAGACAAGAAGUGGGUGGAGAGACAUCUGCUCCCCCUGGAGGACGAGCAGUUUAAGUUCUGCAUGGAAGACCGUGACUUUAUACCAGGUACUUCACAACUGGAGGCCAUUGUUGAAACUAUGAAAAACUCCAGGAAAAUUAUGUUCAUUGUCACAGAAAGGCUCCUGAAAGAUUCUUGGUGCACACAGUACAAGGCACGCCAGGCCUUGCACCAGGUGAUCGAGGACAGCCGGGACUCAGUGGUGUUGAUCCUCCUGGAGGACAUUCCCGACUACAGGCUGGGGCAGACUCUCCUCAUCCGCCGCGGCAUGCUCAAGUCCCGCUGCGUCCUGCACUGGCCCGUGCAGAGAGAGCGCAUUUCCGCCUUCCGCCACAAGCUCCAGGUGGCGCUAGGCUCCAGCAACAUAGUGCAGUAG